UUUAUCUAUUAAAGAUGAACCUAAACUAUCUCUUAACUUACCUAUUAAUGAUAAGCCUAAAAUUAAUAAUGAAGAAGUCAGUAUCCAAUUGAAAAUAUACCUUCAAGAAGAAUGGGAAAAAUGUCUCAGACAGUGGACUGUAGAUCAUGGCAAAGAUCCAGAUGUCUUUAUAACUAUAACUGAAAAAGAUGGAGAUUUGAUAUAUAUAUAUUGUAAUAGAUUAUAUUCAGAUAUAGACAAGAUCUAG